AUGAGUACCCAAGGCGAUUCUUGGGAGAAACUAGACGGCGAGUUUGAUCACCAUCUCGUUGACAUGAAGCCAUACGUUCUAAAACUUCCCAACAGAUCAGAGCGCCAGCGAUGUGCCCUGUGGAUUAAGAAGUUGUGUGAUCCUGUGGCAUGCGGCUCUGGCCUAACGGGGAGAAAAAAUCGCAACAUGUACGCCCGACUCCUCUUACACAUGCUCAGACGAGGCGCUCUUGAAGGUCCCUUUAUGCACAAACCUGAGCCAGGCACUCUUAAGACAUUACCCACGUAUAUGUCCAUCUACUUUGAUGAGCCAUUGGUUGGUAGAGCUCUGGAACAGAAGUCUGCCGCUCUGCCUGACUGGGUGACUGGUGAAUUGGGCCAGACUGAAGACACUUGGUCCAGUCUGCUGAGAGAGAGCACAUCCCCUUUGUCAAAUUCUCACAGGCAGAGGCAUUUGUACAGUGACAAAUCUCCAGCCAAACCCUUGGCCUCAAGUCCGCGCAAACAACCUGCCAAGGAGGACAGGACGACUGAUGGUCAGAGAAAAUCACCCUCUUCACUUGAUGACAGUGACUUUGAGGCACGCCUCAACAGCUGGAACCUUGGGAUCGAAAACCCCAGGUAUUUGCACGAGAACCCUAUCCCCCUGUCUCCGAUUUACCCCAAAUCAAGCUUGGGAAAAAAUAGCACCCUUUGUGAUGAACAAACCCCACUUCCCAAACUAGAUAAGAAGACUGAAAUGAGGACCAAAGUUCUGGAGGCCAAGCACCAGGAGGAGAAACUGAAGAUGCAGCAGAAACAUGACGCUGAUGUUCAGAAGAUUCUGGACCGAAAAAAUGGAGAGAUCGAAGAGCUGAAGAGCGUGUACCGGGCCAAACAGAAAGAAGCGGAGGAGACGGUAUGUAAGCUGGAGAGAAAAGUUCAAAGCCUGGUGCGGGAAUCUCAGGUCAUUCGAGAGAGCAAAGAGAAGCAGAUCGCAGAGCUAAAGAAAAUGUCGGAUCAAAGUGCUGACUCUAUGAAAAACGAAUGGGAGAAGAAGUUACAUGCUGCAGUAACCCAGAUGGAGCAGGAGAAGUUUGAGCUGCAGAAAAAGCACACGGACAACAUCCAGGAACUGCUGGAGGACACCAACCAACGUCUGGCUAAGAUGGAGGCGGAGUACAGCGCCCAGACGCAGGCCACGGAGCAGACGGUGCGAGAAUUGGAGGCCCGGGUGAAGCAGCUCUCCGUGGAGGUGGAAAAUGGCAAUCUUUUAAGGCAGAAGGUCACUCAGGAGAAAGCUGAACUGGAGAUCCACAUUGCAGCCAUCAGUGCAGAGUUACAAGAGGCCAACCGCAGGAGUGUAUCUCUCCUAAGAGAGAAGGAGCAGCUGAGUGAGCAGCAUGAGGAGACAGUGCAGAAACUUCAGGCCAAACACGACGCAGACAUGAGCCACUUCCAGCAAGAGCACGCCCUCUCUGCUGCUAAAGCGUCUGAGGUGAUUGAAGACUUGGAGAGGACAGUGGUGCAACUCAGACAGCAGUUACAGGACAGUGAACAAAGGAGACAGAGACAACUAAGGGACCAAGAGAGUAAAACGCAACAAGAGAUGGCAGACCUUCGGAACAGCAGUGAGAAAAAGGUGCGCGCCCUGCAGAGCGAACUGGAGAAAGAGUGCACCGACGCCAAGAAGAAAAUCGGCAAGAUGGAGGAGUCGCUCAGGGAGAGGGAGGAGCAGCUGGUUCGGCUGAGGGAAGCUCAGCGGCAGCAGGCCCAGCAGGCUGAGAGUGCUCUGGAGCUCUUUAAGAAGCAGGUGGAGCUCAGCUCUGAAAAAGCCUAUGCUGACAUGAAGCUGGAGAUGGAGAAGGUGGAGGCUGAUUUAGUCCAUUCCAAAUCGCUACGGGAAAAACAGUCCAAAGAGUUUACCUACCAGCUGGAGGAGCUCAAGCAGAGAUAUGAACAGCAGAUCGUGGAGCUGAAACUGCAGCAUGAACAGGAGAGGACACACCUAUUCCAACAGCACAAUGCCGAGAAGGACAGCCUGGUCCAGGACCACCAGCGGGAAAUCCAGUGUUUGGAGAAAGAGGCACGGGCCGCCAUGGUCCAGCACCAAAAGCAGACCCAGGAGUGGAGGAAACGGGACGCACAGACCAUAGCUGACUUGGAGGCCCAGGUGCACAGUCUCAGGGAGGAGCUGCUACAGGCGCACGCUCAGAGGAAGCAGCAGCUGAUGGAACUGGGUCUCCUUCGCGAGGAAGAGCGGCAGAGGGCCGCCCAGGACCAGGAGGCAGCGCUGGGCCGCCUGCGUUCCGAAAUGGACCGCGUCCGCCAGGAUCUGGAGAAGACCCACGCUGCAGAGAGAGAGCUUGCACUGGAAAAGACCAACAGCAAGUUGAAGCAGAUUGAGAGGGAAUACAGUCAGAAGCUUGCCAAGUCCGCACAGGCGAUAGCGGAGUUACAGACAUCUCUGUCCUGUGUAAAGGAGGAGAGCAGACAGGUACAGCAGGCUCUGGAAAGACAGCUCCAGGACUCCUCUGCUCGCUGGGAGGAGGAGAGGAGACAGAUCACCAGGGACGCUGACCGAACCAGCAAGGUUCUCCAGGAGAGGGUGGAGGCCUUACAGAGGCAGAUACACACGGCUGAAAAGAAGCUGAUGACCAGAGAGCUCGAGAGCCAGGAGCAGAUUACACAGAUUCGUCAGGAGUGUGAGAACAAAAUCAAGGGCCUGAUGCCUGCAGAGCUUAGGCAGGAGCUGGAGGAUACCAUUGCAUCACUCAAGUCACAGGUCAACUUCCUACAGAAGAGAGCCUCCGUACUGCAGGAGGACCUGGACGCCUGCCGCAGCAGAAGAUAACCAGGAGUAAUCAGCACCUUAAGUUCUGUGUGCAGAGAGGACAGAAAAGAAAACCUCUCCCAAUUAAAUGUGAGCCUCAUCGUAUCUCUGUCUCGUCCCCAUUCUGUCCAAAAGUCAGAGAGACUGUGCCAUUUCUGUG